GCGUUUCCACGUUUCAGCAGCCGGACCCAGAGCAGCGGACUUCAGCUCACACAGACUCUCAGCGAGAUCACGACCGAACCCGAACCUAACAUUCCUCCGUUAUCAUCCACAAGCUCUGACUGACAGCUGACCUGACCCGUGUCCCACUCACGUCAGCGACACCCCCAGACUAAAACAGACCCUGAUCCAUCACCCGAAGUCGCAAAAGUGAACAAGCCGAGACAGACGAGGUGGGCUUUAUUCCCUCCUCGCACCACGUCUGUUCUCUCUGAGGCCGAAGCCAACAGAUUCCGAGGAAAUAAUCUUCCCGCUGAUCCCCACAUCUCUGCCGUCUGUAGCUGACUCAUUUUGCUGCGCCCGGGACCAUGGCGGAGUACAGCUCUUUGCUCAGUGACCUGUCUGAAAACAUAACCAACGAGGAUUUGGAGCAGCUCAAGUCGGCCUGCAAGGAGGACAUCCCCGAGGACCAGAGCAACAACAUCACCUCUUCCAAGCAGUGGUUCAGCUACUUGGAGAAAAACGAUAAGCUUGCCCAAGAUAACCUGUCUUACAUUGAGCACAUCUUCGAGAUCUCUCGACGGCCGGACCUGCUGACCAGGGUGAUAGAGUACCGCACCACUGUGCUGAAGAUCUCUGAGGAUGACGAGAUCGACACCAAACUAACACGCAUCCCCUCUGCCAAGAAAUAUAAAGACAUCAUCCGCCAGCCAUCUGAAGAUGAAAUCAUCAAGUUGGCACCUCCUCCUAAAAAAGCGUGAGGUCAAUACCCAGAGUCCUAAUCUUUGCACCUUGAUUUCUCCUCUCAAAUCGACCAAUCCACCAUUUUUCAUCAAACCUAUUACCUACUCCCACCUCAACCUUCCCCACACCACCUCCAAACAUACAUAUAGACGCAUAUAAACCUGCACCCCCUAUCAUCCUUGCACCACCACCUCCUUAGGGACCACACUCCACUACACGGAACCAUGCAGGACGGCGCCUACAACGUUGACCAACCAGAUCGUAGCGACGCAGCCUCCUCACCAGCUGAGGGGCGAUGGGAAGCCGCAGUAAAAAAAAAAAAAAAAAGCCCCUCAAGAUAAAAUUUGGAGAUGGACCAACGUAGUAUGUGUGUGAGGAAAAAACUAAAGUCUAUCCUGGAUGCUGAGUGGGUCAGUUCUGAAUGAAGUUUGUUUUGUGAUGUUGUGUGUUCAUGUCAUUUAAAGUUUGUUAAAUGUUAAACAAAAACUACGUCCACCCACGAUGAAGCAGAAAUUACAGACCUGGCUUCUGAGCAAAAUAAAAUUAAAUGGAUAUAUUUUCUUUCAGAAAUUUAGCAAAAGCCUACAAAUUAAAUUUCGGGGUAUAUGUGCAGUGAUACUUACCUGCAACUAUAUUUUGUCUUUGCUAAAGAUAAUUUCUCUAAAAUUAAUUGUGCAACAUUGCCAAAAUCAUUAUAACUACAUUUCCAGAAAACAUGAAAUUAAUAUUUGAGCAGUAAUAUUACUAGGUGCUUUAGAUCAGUGUUCUUCAACCCUGGUCCUCAAGGCACACUGCCCUGCGUGUUUUAGAUGUUUCUCUGCUUUAACACACCCGAUUCAGAAGAUUACACUUCAGCAAAAGUAUGUUAAUCAGCCAUCAGUUGUGCUGAACCAGGGAAACAUCCAAAAUAUGCCCAGCCCAUGUAGACCGGGUCCUUCGAAGGAUCCAGCCCCUGAUUUGGGACAUACCAAUUAUCUUACACAUUGUCUUUGUUCUUUUCUGUGAAGGUGCUCAUGUUAGCUUGUAGCUAGCUGCAUAAAUAUUUGCGGAUUUUGUGAUAAGGAAAGGAGAAGUCAAGAUGCCAAACUCACAUCUGUCAAUUAGCCAAGAAUUAGUGCAAGCGCUAAAUUUGAACAAAGAGCGGGUCAUUUUGUGUCCCUGUGGCUAUACAAUAAGCUUAGCUAAGCUAUCUCCUGCAAGCUGUCGCUACAACAGAGCAUUGGCAAAUGUGUUCCAGCAGGUCUCAACAAAUCUAACUAAGCCUUAUAAAGUCAUUAUGCUCAUCAAGUUACUUGAAGCUGACGUCAAAUUUAAUCAACCAAACAGUCUUUGUUCCUCCAAGACUCUCUAUGAGCAUUCGUUUUACAGAGAGCAAAAAACAUGUCUAAUAUUUUACUGAGACAUAUUUAAAAUAGACGAUAUAUGCCUUUAGCUCAUAGUCACUACAAGAGAUAUUUAGAGAAGAUAUUUAGCUAUUUAAUUAUUUCUUCACAAUGGACGAUCCCUUUUUGUAGGAAACAUUUCAUUAUUGGGACCAGUCAGAGCGAAUGUUCUUUGUAGAGGUGGGUUAGAGAUGUAAAUACAUAAUAUAUUAAAUGAACAAAUAUUAAAAGUAGCAUAAUUAUCCACUUUAUGCUCUCUUGGGCAAACUCUAGCUCUAGCAAGAACUACUGUACAUUCAGUUAGCAUGGCUAAGAGUUUCAAUAAAAUCUUUGCUAAUCCAAAACUAUAAUAUCUCUUUGUAAAAAGAUGGAGGUUGAACUACACUAUCCAUACGUAUAUUUUAUUUUACGAGAGUUGGACAUCAUAUGUUGACUUUUCACUUGUUUUAAGCCUCUCCGUUGCCAUUGUAUUUGUUGCUCAGAAAAUAACUUAUCAGUGUAUAUUGAAAGUCCACUCGAGGAUUCUGAAAGGAAAAAAGAAAGUUUUAUAUGAUCAUUCAAAUUCUUUACCAAACCGUACAUGUUGCGAUAACGAUCCCUAAUGCACACAACGGCUCAUUAUCAGACUAUGCCAUUUCCACCAUGCACCGACACAGAAAUGCUAGCAGACUGUUGAAUCUAAUUUUUAAUGACCACUCUUCUGAACACUGUGUAUCUUUUCUCCCCACGACGAAGCCUUAGCAGUUUGCAUUUACCCCCAAAUUUUUUCACAACUGUGAUCGAUUAGGCGUGUGAAAAGCAGAGAUAGGUGUCAGCACACGCGUUAAGUCAAUCAAAGCCGCUCUCACUUUUAAAGAGAGUGAUGCAACUUUUCUUUUGAGAUUUGCUAAGGACUUCAGUGUUGGUGAGUACAGAAUGUCUGUGGUCUAUUUCUGCACCCGUCUUUGUUGUCCUCAAAGCUGUGGGAUUUAAAACUGAGGCAUCAAGAUCUUUCAGUUGUAUGACUAGUUAUUUACCCGAGCACUGACCUUUCUGCUUGUAUUCCUUUGCCUCUAUGCUUCAGUUCAACCCUAGUGCCAAUGACCGAGACUUUUAAUUUGGAUCACAGUUUGUUUGAUCUGUUUUGUUUUACUUUAUAUAGCUUGACUUGUAUUGUAUUGCUGGACAUAUUUGUAUCCUAUGCAUUAAUGUCUGUAAGAAAAAUCUGCACAAACUGCAAUUUUAUAGAAUGGAAAUCUUUGUUUGUCCUUUUGAAAUGACCACAGUUUGUUUAUGAUAAAUUAGCAUGAUCUCUUUGCAGAGUAGAACUGGGUACUGUGCACACCAUUAGAAAAAGGGGUGGAGAGGGGGCUGGAAACUGGGGUGAAAACCUUUUUAGGCCAAAUAUUUUUUGUACUGAAUAUAUUACUUUUCCUGCAUUUGUUUCAUUGUUUUAGGUUUUGCCACAACAUUAACAUUUUUGCAUUUUAUUAACUCACUAUUGAUUAUUUGAAACAAUAAUUAGUUGUUUUUUUUGUCUGUAAUAUUAAAUAUCAAAUGUUGGUUUAACAGUAUUAAAUUGAGAAUGUUGAGUAUGACACAUGAUUUUUAAGUUUCUUUAGCAAGUUGUCAUCUCAUAUCCAUAAAUAACCACAUCAUAUCCAUGCUUAGCAAUUGCGUGUCAGCCUAUUUGUCUUGGUAUUUUGGAUGUAUUGAGAAGAAAAAUAAUAACAAAAAUCCCCAAAUCUCUCCUACAAUUUAAUUCACUUGCAUUUUAUUUUCUGAUAAUUUUAAAUUACAUCCUAUUUUCAUUUAUGUUUUAAUCCCUAUUAAAGCAAGGCGACGCUAACCAAAAUAACCUUGUGUGAUGUGUUGGCAAAAAUUAUUAACAUCAAUUAACCACCUUUCAAGGCAACAAUUUUUUUUUCUCCCCAGUUUCCAGGCUGGUCCUUGCCAGACUAAAUGAAUUGGUGGCAGCUCUUCUUUAAAUUCAGACUGGGUAAAUUCAUCUCACAGGGAGGCGAUUGUAUGUCUCCUAUGACCUGUGCGUAAUGGUUAUUCCCACUGUUACAAUGCACCUGCCUUGGCUAAAUGUUGGACUGCUAUUUAACAGUGUUGUCGAAGAAGUUUGCUAGUUGUACAAACCAAUACGGAGAUUUUUCUUUGCAGAUCUUUGCAUGUGUUUCCACUAUUUUACAAAAUAUCACUAUAGGAGGUUAAGGGCCAAUGAUUAUACAUUUUCUUUCAUUUGAAGUAGGUUUUCAAUACCAGCUUAUGAAUUUAAAAGUGUGAGAUUUUUUUCCACUUCUCCCAGACAGAAUUCCAAUUAGCAGGGAGUUAAUAGGAACUGUUUAAUAGUAACUGAUGGUAUCUUGAUGAACACUUUGGUUUGGUUUGAAACUGUCUGCAUCAAAAUGUGGCUAUGAGGCGUUUAUUUUUUUCCUCAAAGCUUAUUUACACCAAGUUCUUGCUUCUUAAAGUCAGCUCCCAUGAAUAUCGUAGUCCUUCUGACUUAACACGGAGCAGAUCACGUUUUUGACGUAGCUUAGCUUUUUUUCUGUGUAGCCAUUGGCACAUAAUAUCAACAUAUCAGCCACAGAUGAUGUCAAAUUUGGAUUUCCAUGUACAAAGUACAUAUCAGCUCGGUAAAUGCUGCGAAAGUAUAAACCUGUUGCAUUUAUGGUGAAUACGUAAUUAAAACCAAUGUGUGAGGCGAA